UCUCAACACAAAGGAAACUCUCACUGACUUGACAUGUUCUGGUUUUGAAUUCAGGCUGCAAGGGGUCAUUGCUCGAAAAUGAGUCUCUCUGGGGAGAGAGAGGAGGGCGGCCAUGCCUCUAAAAUGAGUCUCUCUGGGGAGAGAGAGGAGGGGGGCCAUGCCUCUAAAAUGAGUCUCUCUGCGGAACAUGACACCAACGUUAAGAGGAUCCAUUUUGAGAUGACAGAGCAGAAAACACUAUAUGGAGAAGAUUGAAAAAUAAAACCAAUCCAGCAGGAGAGACCAGCCUCCCUGUUCCCAGCUGUGUGUCCAUGAAGAGUGACUGGUCUAUGAAUCAACCUCUAAACUUUAGAGAGGGAGACUUUUCUACUGAACAAAGACCAAUCAAGCAGGAGAGACCAGCCUCCCCUGUUCCCAGCUGUUUGUCCAUGAAGAGUGACUGGUCUAUGAAUCCUCCUCUAAACUUUAGAGAGGGAGACUUUUCUACUGAACAAAGAAACCAACAGGAGAGAUCAGAGUCAGAGAUUCUCAGUGGUCAGUCUUCCCAGAGUCAUCAAACAGACCUGGCCUCCAUAUUCAGUUUGCUUGAAGAGAAAAUGAUGACAUUUAUGAAGAACGAGCUGAGGAUGUUCAAGAGGAUUCUUAGUCCAGAACUCCCAGAAGGCUUUGAGAGUCAGAAGCAGGAUAAGGAAGUGGUGGAUGCUGAAGAUGAGAAGCAGGAGAGCAGUGCCAGAGAGGGGGCUCUGAAGAUCACACUGCACAUCCUGAGGAAAAUGAACCAGAAGGAGCUUGCUGACACACUGGAGAAAUAUUCAGAUGAGCUUGCUGUGAUUUGCCAACGUGAACUCAAAUCUAAUCUAAAGAAGAAGUUUCAAUGUGUAUUUGAGGGGAUCGCUAAACAAGGAAACCCAACACUUCUCAACAAGAUCUACACAGAGCUCUACAUCACAGAGGGUGGAACAGGAGAGGUCAAUAAUGAACAUGAGCUGAGACAGAUUGAGACAACAACCAGGAAACAAGCAAGACCAGAGACUGCAAUCAAAUGUAACGACAUCUUCAAACCCUUAACUGGACAAGACAAACCUAUCAGAACUGUGCUGACAAAGGGAGUCGCUGGCAUUGGAAAAACAGUCUCUGUGCAGAAGUUCAUUCUGGACUGGGCUGAAGGAAAAGCAAAUCAGGAUGUCCAAUUUGUAUUUUCAUUCCCUUUUCGGGAGCUGAAUUUGAUGAAAGGUGAAAAUCUCACUUUCAUUGAACUUCUCAAUCACUUCUCAAUGGAAACCAAACAAUCAAGAAUCUCCAACUACGACAAGUACAAAGUUCUGUUCAUCUUUGAUGGUCUGGAUGAGUGCCGACUGCCCCUAGACUUCCAGAAGAACAAGAUCUGUUGGGACGUCACAGAGUCAACCUCAGUGGAUGUUCUGCUGACAAAUCUCAUCAAGGGAAAUCUGCUUCCCUCUGCUCUCCUCUGGAUAACUACCCGACCUGCAGCAGCCAAUAAGAUCCCUUCAGGGUGUGUUGACCAGGUGACAGAGGUACGAGGGUUCAAUGACCCACAGAAGGAGGAGUACUUCAGGAAGAGAUUCAGUGAUGAGGACCUGGCCAGCAGAAUCAUCUCACACAUAAAGACAUCAAGGAGCCUCCACAUCAUGUGCCACAUUCCAGUCUUCUGUUGGAUUUCUGCAACAGUCCUUGAACACAUGCUGGAACAUAAGAGAGAAGAGAUUCCCAAGACUCUGACUGAGAUGUACACACACCUUGUGGAGUUUCAUACCAAACAGAAGAAUGAAAAGUAUCUUGGGAAAGAAGAGACAGGUCCACACUGGAAUAAAGAGAGCAUUCUGUCACUGGGAAAACUGGCUUUUCAACAGCUUGUGAAGGGCAAUCUGAUUUUCUAUGAAGAAGACCUGAAAGAGUCUGGCAUUGAUGUCAAUGAAGCCUCAGUGUACUCAGGAUUGUGCACACAGCUCUUUAAAGAGGAAUGUGGGCUGUACCAGGACAAGGUGUACUGCUUUGUUCAUCUGAGCAUUCAGGAGUUUCUGGCUGCUGUAUAUGUGUUCCUCUCAUUCAUCAACAACAAUGAGAAUCUAAUGGACAAACUGCAAACAAACAACAAGUCUGAAGUUACUGUCUACAAGAGUGCUGUGGAUAAAGCCUUACAAAGUGAGACGGGAAACCUGGACCUUUUCCUCCGCUUCCUUCUGGGCCUCUCACUGGAGUCCAAUCAGAAGCACUUACGAGGUCUACUGACAAAGACAAGAAGCAGCUCACAGAGCCAUGAAGAAACAGUCAAGUACAUCAAGGAGAAGAUCAGGGACAAUCCCUCUCCAGAGAGGAGCAUCAAUCUGUUCCACUGUCUGAAUGAACUGAAUGACCAUUCUCUAGUGGAGGAGAUCCAAAGAUACCUGAGAUCAGGAAGUCUCUCAAAACCCAACCUGUCACCUGCACAGUGGUCAGCUCUGGUCUUUGUGUUGCUGACUUCAGAAAAGGAGCUGGAUGUGUUUGACCUGAAGAAAUACUCAAGAUCAGAGGAAGGUCUUCUGAGGCUGCUGCCAGUGGUCAAAGCCUCCAGAGCUGUUCUGCUGUCAGGCUGUGGAGUCACAGAGGAAGGCUGUGCUUCUCUGGUCUCAGCUCUGGAGUCAAACCCCUCACACCUGAGAGAGCUGGACCUGAGUAACAAUGACCUGAAGGAUUCAAGAGUGAAGCUGCUCUCUGCUGGACUGGGGAAUCCCCACUGUAAACUGGAGACUCUGAGGCUGUCAGGCUGUCUAGUCACAGAGGAAGGCUGUGCUUCUCUGGUCUCAGCUCUGGAGUCAAACCCCUCACACCUGAGAGAGCUGGACCUGAGUAACAAUGACCUGAAGGAUUCAGGAGUGAAGCUGCUCUCUGCUGGACUGGAGAAUCCCCACUGUAAACUGGAGACUCUGAGGCUGUCAGGCUGUCUAGUUACAGAGGAAGACUGUGCUUCUCUGGUCUCAGCUCUUAAGUCAAUCCCCUCACACCUGAGAGAGCUGGAUCUGAGUAACAACGACCUGAAGGAUUCAGGAGUGAAGCUGCUCUCUGCUGGACUGGGGAAUCCCCACUGUAAACUGGAGACUCUGAGUGUGGAACAUGGUGGAGAGAACACAAUGAAACCUGGACUUAGAAAAUAUGUCUGUGAUCUCACACUGGACCCAAACACAGUAAACAGACUCCUCUCUCUGUCUGAGGAGAACAGAAAGGUGACAAGGAGGACAGAGGAGCAGCCGUAUCCUGAUCACCCAGAGAGAUUUGAGGACUGUGGACAGGUGCUGUGUAGAGAGGGUCUGACUGGGCGCUGUUACUGGGAGGUAGAGUGGAGUGGGAGAAGGGAGGCAGCGUGGAGUGGGAGGGGGGCUGAUAUAGGAGUGACAUAUAAAGGAAUCAACAGGAGAGGAUGGGGUGAUGACUGUUGUCUUGGACACAAUGACAAGUCCUGGAGUCUGUCGUGCUCUGACAACAGUUACAUUGCCUGGCACAAUAGUAAUCCCACUACUAUAGUCCCCUCCUCCAGCUCCCACAGAGUAGGAGUGUAUCUGGACUGGCCAGCCGGCACUCUGUCCUUCUAUAGAGCCUCCUCUGACACACUGACCCACCUGAUCACAUUCACCUCCACAUUCACUGAGCCCCUCUAUCCAGGGUUUUGGGUUGAUUACAACUCCUCAGUGUCCUUGUAAAUAAUAACCUGACACACACACACACUGAAACACACAAACACUGGACACACACACACAAUAGAAUUACACACACUGGACACACACACACACACACACUGGACACACACACUGAACACACACAUUGGACACACACACGCAAACACACACACACACACACACACACUGGACGCACACAGUGGACACACACACACACUGGACAAACACACACACACACACUGGACAAACACACACACACACACACACACACA